UUGUUUUUUUCUGAAUAUUUAAAGGACUGGCAGUGAGGAAGACUAUAUUUAGGUGGAGUCUGACAUACUUAUUCAGCAUUGUUGGGUUAUUUACUAUAUGCUGGGCCUGGGGAAAUAAAGAUGAGAAAGACACAAUAUCCACCACAAAGCACCUCCCAGUCUAAUGGAAAAGCCUUGCCCAUAUUAAGCUCACAUUGCUUUACAUUUUGCUUAGAUUAAAUGGCAGAAAAACAAGUGCCUAUAUAGCAUUCGUGAAUAAACUGAUGAGAAAUUUGGUCAUUAGUAGCAAAAGCUAAAUGUAAGACAGGGAGUAAAAAGUCUCCUAUCUGGAGAACUCUUAGGGUCAUUAACAGCUUUAUGCCACAGAGUUGGACCAUCUCUUUAUUUAAACUUAAGCCAGCCAUAAAAUUCUAUUUGAAUAUGAACCUACAUUUUGUGAACUUCUUUGCUACUACCUCUCCCCUUCUUUUAGUAUACUGGUGGAAGGAAGAUUACCAUAACUAUCCUUAAACCUUAGUAACAUUUCAGCUUCUACCUAGUCAUGUUUUUAUAUGCUCAAUCAUAUUGAGGAUCUAAAGCAAUAUUUUAACCUAGCAUAAUGUAUAGAGCUAAGAAACCUUGCCUGACACCUUGCAUGAUAUCUUCUGUAUUAUUAGGGAUUUUGCGCUGGUCAGGUGAGUCCAGGUAUUUGAUCUCUGUCAGCCUGUCUUGUAUCUCUGCAGGGAAUGUGCUCCUGGCACUCUGGACAGUGGAACAGAAUCAACUGAGUGACAUCAUUACCCUGGUUGCAAAAUGUAGUCUGGAGAUACAGGAGAAAUUUGGGAUCUACCAUACCAAAGAAGGCCAGGACUUGCAGCUAAAGAUAGGUCUGUCUGCAGGUCGAAUUUCCCAGGUUAUUGUUGGAGACGAGCAGCGGCAGUACCUCUUGGUGAUUGGGAGGGAUGUAGAUGAUGUCCGGUUAGCUCAGCAUUUGGCUCAGGCAAAUGAGAUUGUCUUGUCCUGGAACUGCUGGACACUCUGCAAGCAGUACAUGUUUGAAGUAGAAAUCAUGAAGGAUCAUAAAGCUGUGAAGUUAAGAGAUAUGCGGAUCACUGGCCCAUUUGAUUUCGAUGAACAUUUUCACAAGUGUCUCAAUUAUCUGCCACAUUACCGGACAAGUGCUAACAUUCUAAGAACUGCCCUGGAGUUGGAUCCAGACUCUGCACUUGAGCAAACUCUGCGGAAGCACAUCAUGAAAAACCUUUUGAAGAAGAUUGAUGAAGGCCAGCCUAUGGAGUAUAUAUCUGAAUUUCGUAACGUGACUAUGGUUUUAGUCAGCCUAGAGUUCCACAAGACAGCGUGGAUGUUGCAUUUGUGUCAUCUUAUCCAGAAGGCUGCGUUAUAUAUCUCCACAGUCAUAGAGAAAGGGGGUGGCCAGCUGAGCCGGAUCUUUAUGUUUGAGAAAGGCUGCAUGUUCCUCUGUGUUUUUGGCCUUCCUGGGGAUAAGAAGCCAGAUGAGUGUGCACAUGCCCUAGAGAGCUCCAUCAGCAUCUUCAACUUCUGCUGGGAGAAUCCCACCGAGACCAAGCUUGUUUCCAUCAGUGUCACCAAUGGACCAGUAUUCUGUGGUGUGGUUGGGGCAGUAGCAAGACAUGAAUAUACAGUUAUUGGCCCAAAAGUGAGCCUUGUGACCAGAAUGAUAACUGCUUAUCCAGGUUUGGUGUCUUGUGAUGAGGUAACAUAUCUAAGAUCCAUGCUACCUACUUACAACUUCAAGAAACUCCCUAAGAAAAUGAUGAAGAACAUCUCCAACCCUGGGAAGAUGUAUGCAUAUCUUGGCCAUAGAAGAUGCAUCAUGUUUGGGAAGAGACAUUUGGUCAGAGAGAGGAAUAAAAAUCACCCCUUGUUAGAACGGGAGACAGAACUGGAAGCUUUCAAAAUGGCACAGCAAGGAUGUUUGCACCAGAAGAAGGGACAAGCAGUUAUGUAUGAAGGUGGAAAGGGCUAUGGAAAAAGUCAGCUGUUGGCUGAAAUAAACUUACUGGCCCAGAAGGAAGGGCACAGUUUCCCUUAUCCUUCCAAGUUUCACACAUGGAUGACCUGGCCAGACAAAAGAAGAUUAAAGAGUGUUUUUUUCAAGUGCUACAGGAGCUACCUUCUCUGCAGGUGCCUUGGAAACCCCCUCUACUGUGAGGUCCUAUGCCAGGACCUUCUCUCUAAGGACAUACUGCUCUUUCAUGACCUCCAGAAGGCAGAGGAGGAGAACAGCAAGUGGGAGACCCUCUCAGCUAAUGCCAUGAAAUCCAUAGUGUAUAGUAUUUCUCCUGCCAGCUCUGAAGACGACCAGGAACUUUAUGUCUGCAUAGUAAAGGAUGGUGUGAACUUGGAUACAGUGCUGCUCCCACCGUUGUUAAAAGAAAUAGCAGUAAACCAACUGGAUCAGUUGAGCCCAGAAGAACAGUUGCUGGUUAAGUGUGCUGCAGUCAUUGGCCACUCCUUCCACAUAGAUCUGCUGCAGCACCUGCUGCCUGGCUGGGACAGACAUAAGCUACUGCAGGUGCUGAGGGCUCUUGUGGAUAUACACGUGCUCCGUUGGUGCGACGAGAGCCAAGAGCUCCCUGCUGAGCCAAUAUUAGUGCCUUUUCCUGUGGAGAUGAUUGAAAAAACCAAAGAGAAAAGGAAAAAGUCGGAUGAGGGAAAGAAAGAGUCGGGGGCUGGCUCUCCUCUCAGGCUAAAGGAGGAGCUCUCUCUCCCUCACCCUGAGGUGCUGGAAUUUGGAGCGCCUCUAUUACGGGAAGCUGCGUGGGAGCUGUGGCCCCAGGCACAGCAGAGAGCCCUGCACCUCGAAUGCGCCUGCCUUCUCCGAGACCUGGCCAGCCGCUGUGGGAGCUGCCAGGGGGCCGACUUUGUCCCUUUCCACCGGUUCGCCGUCUGUCCUAUGAAGAGCUCCAGAGGGACAUCCCGAUUCUGUAGUUACAAAGAUACUGGCUCGGUGCUAACACAAGUGAUCACAGACAAACUGCAGCUGCCUUCUCCCCAAGAUAGUUUUCAGUUCCAGAUGAAACUAUCCCAAAGUCAGGAGGCCUUCACAAGGGAACACUGCAGAACAGAGGAAGAGUUCCUGGAUCAAGUGAGCAAGAAGCUGGCUCAGACCAGCCCCCAGAAAGACAUGCUGACCAUGAAGCCCUGUCACUGUGCGGAAAUCCUGAAGGCAGUGAUCUCUCCCCUCACUGAGCACUGCCUGGUCAUCAGAGAAAACACUUGCGCGUUUUAUUACCUGCUGGAAGCUGCCGCUGCCUCCUUGGACCUGUCAGAUAAUUACAUGGCCUUGUUUUAUUUGAGGAAGGCAAGCAGUCUUCUGGACCAGCACUCGGCAUUCUCGUUUUUGAAAAAGCACAAAAUGAAGAUCUGUCAGUUUGAGGAGGCCACUUUCUGCAGUCUCCAGUCAGAGGUCUGUUUCAACAUGGGACAGAUCACCUUGGCCAAAAAACUGGCUAAGCAAGCACUUCGACUGCUGAAAAGGAAUUUCCCUUGGACCUGGUUUGGUGUCCUUUUCCAAAUAUUCCUGGAAAAAUACUGGCAUCCCUGUUCCCUGAGCCAACCUCCAGACAACCCUAGUGACAAUAAGAAGUCAGCCGUCCUGCAGCAGCGGGUGCACUGCCUCUCCCUGCUCUGUCAGCUCUACAAUCUGGAGGCCACAGCCAGCAGCCGCAGGUUUGCCUGCCUGGCCAUGCUGAUGCAGAAGAAUUCAGCCGAGGAGUUUGCAAAUGAAGCCCAGGUUGUCUCUACCUAUGUGGCCCUCUCCCAGUUCUCCCAGAAUGUGGGUGACAGGGAGAAGUGGCUGCACUGUGAGCGAUUGGCCAUUCAGAAAAGCAGCCUGUGUUGGUUCUCCAGGGAGGGAUUGUUGGCCACAGCGCAGCUCAUGCAGACCCUGGCCUACACCAAGUUCUGCCUCGGCCACCUUGACUCUUCCAUCAAGCUGGGUUUUCAAGCUCAUGAGAUAUGCAGACACCUCAAGAAGCCAGCUCUGGAGAAUCUGGUUCUCUCAGUUCUCUUCAGAUCUGCAUUUCUCAAGAAGAAAUUUGAUCUGUGUGUCCGUGUGCUGGACAGUCAGUGGGCGCUCAUUUCCCAGGGUCAUGAUGUCCUUGGCCUGGCCUGCUUCUAUUCUGCUUGCCUAGAUCUGCUGCUCUAUGGAAAAGGAUUGCUCUGCAGGCCCUUUGGAGAGUGUCUGCAUUUCAUUCAAUACUAUGAGCAGAGCUGCAUUCUAACCUCUCAGAGCAAUGUCAUGCUGGGACUCCACACCUCUCUGGCCAUGUGGUUUGCCCAGGACUCACAGUGGAACCUGUUUGAGCAUCACUUCUCCAAGGCUCGCCAGUUGGUGAAAAGAACCAAUGCCUCACUGUUUGGUUCACAUGGCUUUGUCCGGUUCCUAGAGUGCCAAGUGCUGAUGUUACAGAAAAUGCCAGGGCGGGUCUUCAUGCACACUCCCCCAGAGACUCAGAGUCAAGUCUUAAAGUAUUUCAAGGAAUUCUUCUCUCGAUGUGUGACCUGUCCUGUUUAUCACCCAUGGGUCUCUGAGCUUAAAGCCUCUGUAUUGAGAUAUGGAAAGAGAAAACUCAUGUCCUUGACUAACAGCGUCAGGCCAUUGGACACCUGCUUGACCGGGAUUUGGAUAGAGGGGGCAUUCCUGGAGGAAGACAAGUCCUUUGAAGGAAAUUUAGCAAUACAGAGGUUUGACAGAGUGGAUGUCGCGGAGAAGGGGAGCGAGGAAGAAACUCAAGAAUGUUAAUGUUACAACCAAAAAAUCACCUGGAGGGGUCAUGGUUGCCUUAUUGUGUAUAACACCAAGAAAUACGCAAUCCUCCUCUUUAAGAUGCUGUGUAGUGUACAUAUUAAACGCACUAGUCUUUCACAGCCACCACUAUCUAGAUCUUUGUGAAAAUAAAAUUCUAUGUUUCUGAAGCAUGAAACUUA